GCUGCACGUGCCUCUACGAGGCGUACAUCCGGCCGCACCACGAAGAGAGGAGAGCGACCCAGACGCGGCUGGAGACGCUGGAGCAGUCCCAGAGGUCACUGGAGAUCAUGGAGAAGCGGAACAGGAAGCUGCAGAAGAGCGCCCAGGAGCGGGUGCACUGGGCCGCCGUGGACAAGGAGGUGCUGGGCCUCGCCCCGCGGCUGUGGAUGGAGGUGUUGGACGAGAAGCACCGGUACGCCACGGUGCUCUACUCGUACUGGAGGCGGUGGCAGCUGUCCGAUACCCGGGCGACGUUUUUCGAGUGGCUCGAGGUCGGCCAGGGCUCCCUAGUGGACCUGCCGGAGAACCCGCGGCGGCUGCUGGAGGAGUGGCGGGUCAUUUACCUCAAGCGGCACCAGCAGCCCCUGUUCCGAGUGGUCAUCGAGAACGGCCGCUUCCUGUGGGAAGCGGACCGCACCCCGAUCAACCUGCCGACGGACCCCCUGCGCAUCGACGCAUCGUCGACCAAGCGCGAGAAGGAGGUCGCCGACCUGUUGAGACCUGCCCUGGAGAAGGCCAAGCACCGCGACCACCUGCUUGAGGAGGCCCGAAAGGAGGCGGAGGACGCCAAGCGAUGCGGCGAGGAGCCCACUGCGACCCGACUGGCCAGAAUAGCCAGACCGUUGGUUGCCGAAGGGCUGCUGUGCAGGCUGCGCGACCCCUACUUCGAGGAGCGGCUGGACGCGGCGCCCACGCCCGACGGGCACGAGCACCGGGGGGGCCGUGCGGGCCUGCGUGCGAUGCCCAAGCUGCCGGAGGCGCUGCUGCCGGGGCUGGACUGGGACGAUUUCCUCACAGCCAUAGAUCACGACCAGGGCCAGAUGAUGAAGAACCCGUUCCCCAUGGGCGAGGCCAGGGCAGAGGGCAAGGGCAUCUUCGUGCUGGACUCCUUCGGUCCCCUGUUCUGCAGCACGAAGAUCAGAGGGGUGUUUCACCAUUCCUCGUUCGUCAGAGGCCUCAGAGCGUGA